ACGUUCGUGACGUCAACGAUGUGUAGGAUCAUUGAACAAAGCGAAUCCGCGGAAAGGCGCAGACGACGCCGUAUGUAUCGGCAAAACUUUUGAAACUGUGCGGUCAACGAUAGCAUCAUGGAAGCGGGCCCGACACACCGGACUGGUUUCCCAGUGUCCAGAGUGCGUAUGAUUAUGCGGAGUUCACCGGAGGUGUCGUGCAUCGGUCAGGAUGCCGUGCAGAUCACCACAAAAGCAGCGGAAAAAUUUGUCGUGUUCUUGGCACGGGAAGCGCUAAAGCACAGCAAGGAUCACAGGACUAUCGAGUACUCCGACUUGGCUGCCGUCAUAGACGCUCAAGAACGUCUGAAUUUUCUCAAUGAUAUUGUCCCGCAGAAGAUCAAGUACAAGGACUACCUGCGGCUCGUAAAAGAUGCCGAGACCAAAGAACAGCUCAAGGAGAAGCAAGCCGAGGUGUAGCCGGUGGAAAGUAGCAGCACCGCUGCUGUCAUCUACACAUCACGUCACAUCACUGUAAUAUACAACAAGCUCGAUCAGCCGUCUUUUGUCGUUGUUGUUUUGUUUUUAUUUUCUUGAUAACGCAGGCAAUCUCUUUUUUUGCUAUUUAUGCCUAACAAAUAAAUGGGUUUUUUUCCCGUUGC